AUGCUGUCGUCCGCGGACGUUCCGCUUGCGCCUGCUGUAGAUUCCGCGGAUGUCCCCCCCGCGCACAUCGCGCCCUGCGCGUACGAGUUGUGGAAUGACAGCCGGGGGAAGGAAAUGCUCCGCCACACGGACGAACUUGCGCCUUUCCGCUGGUCCUCCAGGCUAUGCACAGCCCAUCUGCAGAACCGCCCGUGGCAAGCAGUGCACGCGUUCUAUGCCAGCCUGGCAGCAGGACACGUGGCGCUCUCUGAUUUGUCCAAAACGAUGCUUGAUCAUUAUGAAGAGAUAGCAGAUGAUAAGCAGAGUGCAGCAGAGAAACAGAGCGUGCCUAAUGAAAUCACUGCUGCUUCAAGUGAAACUGCUGCAACUGAGACUACAGUUGCAGCUGCUACUGGUGCUGGUGGUGGGAAGAAGUCUUCUCAAGGAGGCAGGGACGGCGCAUGGGAGGGGCGCAGCACGGUGCGGUUGGUGGUGGCAUACGAUGGAGGGGCUUUCCACGGGUACCAGAGCCAGCAGGGCGCAGUGACUGUGCAGAGCUGGUGCGGGGGGAAGGUUCGCGUGGGAGGGGCGCAGCACGGUGCGGUUGGUGGUGGCAUACGAUGGGGGGGCGUUUCAUGGAUACCAGAGCCAGCAGGGAGCAGUCACGGUGCAGAGAAAGCCGCUGGGGAGAGCAGGGGCGACGGGUGGGAGUGGGAGGGGCGCAGCACGGUGCAGGUGGUGGUGGCAUACGAUGGAGGGGCGUUCCAUGGGUAUCAGAGCCAGCAGGGAGAAGUCACGGUGCAGAGGUGUGUGGUGGGGUACUGUGCGGUGGGGUGCAGUGCAGAGGGAGCAGGGGGGGAGGGUGGGACUGGGAGGGUCGCAGCAACGUUCUUUGAGAAUUCUCAGCCGGUGGUGCUGUGUGGUGGGUGGGUUAUGGUGUGGCUGUGGGCAGCGGGCAGCGGGCAGCUUGGGGUGGCAGGGUGGGAAGGUGGGAGUGGAAGGGCCACAGCACGAAACCAGGAGGAUGCAGGGUGGGUGGGGCUGGGAGGGUUGCAGCAACGUUCAGCUGCUGGUGUGCGGUGGGUUAUGAUAUGGCUGUGGGAUGAGGGCAGCUUGGGGGAGCAGGGGCGCAGGGUGGAGUCCGCCCUGGCCCCUUUCUGCGAGCACCACCCAAAGAAGCAGAAGGGGAGGGCAAGAGGGCAGGGCGGCAGCAAGGCAUGGAAGGAGCGACGAGAGAAGAAGGGAGGGGUGCAGCGGAGGGAGGAGGGGCAGGAGAAGCAAAGGGAGGAGGGGCAGGAGAAGCAAAGGGAGGAGAGGCAGGAGAAGCAAAGGGAGGAGAGGCAGGAGAAGCAAAGGGAGGAGGGGCAGGAGAAGCAAAGGGAGGAGAGGCAGGAGAAGCAAAGGGAGGAGAGGCAGGAGAAGAAAAGGGAGGAGGGGCAGGAGAAGCAAAGGGAGGAGGGGCAGGAGAAGCAAAGGGAGGAGGGGCAGGAGAAGCAAAGGGAGGAGGGGCAGGAGAAUGGGGACUUGGAGAGUAUGAGGGAGGAGUGUGACAAGGAGGGUGGGCUGAAGGUUACUACAAGGGCAGUUUUGAGACGUCUCAAAAACACCCUCUCUACGAAUGGGGACUCGGGGAGUAUGAGGGAGGAGUGUGACAAGGAGGGUGGGCUGAAUGUUACAAGGGCAGCAGUGGUGGUGGCGGGGAGGACGGACAAGGGCGUGCAUGCAGCAGGGCAAGUGUGUGCUUUUCACACGUGGAAGGACCCCCUGGAUCUCACAGCGGUAGCUGCGGCUGUUGAUGCAGCGACUGAGGGAAGCCUGAGAGUUAUCCGCAUCUCAAAGGUCCCACGCUCUUUCCACCCUCAAUUCUCCGCUCGCUGGCGCCGAUACCUCUACCUGCUGCCGCUGCUGCCGUGGGAGGGGUGCGCUGUAGAGCAGGAGGCAAGGCAUUCCCCCACGGAAGCGGCGGGAGCGGCGCUGGGCACGCUGCCGUGGGAGGGGUGCGCUGUAGAGCAGCGCCGUGGGAUGGGCACACUGCCGUGGGAGGAGUGCGCUGCGCACUUCUCCCACACGGCGGGAGCGGCGAUGGGCACGCUGCCGUGGGAGGAGUGCGCUGCGCACUUCUCCCACACGGCGGGAGCGGCGAUGGGCACGCUGCCGUGGGAGGGGUGCGCUGAGUCAAGGCAGCACUGCCUCUGCGCUGUAGAGCAGGAGGCAAGGCAUUCCCCCACACAGCGGUGUGCCUGCGUCCAGAGACCGAAUGGCACAGGGAGAUCAGAGUUUGAAACAGGGACAGUGGAGGAGAGUGGGGAUGGUGAGGGAAGGGAUGUGGCAAGGUGGGAGGAGAAUGGACAAGCGGAGGAAAGACAGGGGAUUAUUGCGGGUGGUGUAUGCGAUUCGUGUGCCCGUGUUGAGACGGCAUUGAAGCGUCCAGCAACUAUCCAGAGUCGCAUUCUUCUACAUACUCUGGAGACCCAUGCACGCGCCCAUGGCCCCGCCUGUUUCUGGGCGUUUGCGCGUGACACGGCUGCUGGAAGAGGCAGCGGAUCCGCUACAGUGUGCAACAUCUUGCGAGCACGAGCCUUCGAAGCGCGCUUGCCGGUUGCUGCAGAGAAAGCUGGUUUGGCGGGAGCAACACUUGCAGGGGGAGCAGGAGCAGCAGGGGCAGUGAGAACAGCAUUUGCAGAGGACCGUUCAGAGGGCGUGUCAACAGGAGCAGCAGGAGCAGCAGGAGCAGCAAGAGCAGGAGGAGCAGCAGAAAAUACAGGACAAUCUUCAGCAGCAGGAUGCUCGCGUGUGCUGUGCGUAGAGCUGGUGGGAGACAGAUUCUUGCGACGGAUGGUGCGGGUGCUGGUGGCGACAGCAGUGAGGGAGGCAGCAGCAGGGGGAGGUGACGACUGUCUGCUGAGACUAGCAGCAACAGGGGAGAGGCGAUCCACUGCUCCCCCUGCCCCUGCUGCUGGGCUGUGCCUUGUGGACGUGGGCUACAGUGAUGCCUUGCCACCACCUUUGUGA